CUAAUGCAGGACGAUGAUGCUCUUCGGCGGCAACUUGUCCGGUGUUAAGCCCGUAGGGCAACAAGAAAAGCCUAAAGUCACGAGCCUCGGCAGCUCUGACGCUCCAGCGGCAGUUCCGAUGCUGCCACCGCCAAUCGAAAUCACGCCCCACUCCGACCUCAUUAACCGCCUGACGUGCCAAGAACAGCGUCUAUUGGACGAGUUGGAACGAACACGAUCGAAACUCACCCAGGAAUGGCAGCUCAAGGCAGACGACAUGCGCGACAAAGGGCUGGCUGUGGACCUCCAACUGCCACUGAACAAACUUGCACGAAAGCAAAGUAGCUCGAAACGAGGGUCGCGUAACCAGGAGGACCAGCUGCAGCAGCCCAAAUUCCCCCGACACAAGACGUCGUCGUCCCUUCGACGGCGUCGCAACGAGUCCCAAUCCACCGGUAGUUUGCCUACUCAACGGCCGUCGCAGCCGCCGCUGCCCGUGACGGUCCUACGUCAAUCGUUCGACAUGCUGCCAAUUUUGACGACCUCGGGGGAAACCCCGUUUGAAGUCGGGCUCGACCACGGCGUACACGUCCUCCCAGUCUUCCGACUCCCACCAGUGACGACCAAAUUGCACUGGACGGGUUCGGGGGAAUCGGCUGGGGGGACGGAGGGGCGACGAGCGAGCGCGAUGACCGCAAUAACAGUGCCCACGGAGCCUUCGCCGACAUCGGGUAUGACUGCUAGUGACAAAGAAGAGGCUAUGCGGGUGCUCGGUCUCAGCAGCGAAGAGAUCGACAUGAUCGAGUUGACCAACAGUGGAUUGACCACUACCACGACGACUAAGUCCCCCACAUCCCCCGUAGCUUCAUCACCACUACCACCGAAAGCGACCAUCAAAGUCAAAAGGACCAAAGCAUCGAUGACUAAAAAUCUCAACCCUCAACACACUGACUCGAUGCGGCUCGAAUUGCACCAGGCGUUGCGAAACGUACAAACGUACACGACUCUGGUCAAGCAAGACAUUGCCCACGUCCAGAAGAUCUGUCCAGUGCACACCAUCCGCGGCAAUCGGUUCGUUCAAAAGUGGGGCCUCGACAAGCUUAACGCCGUGUGCACGCAGUUGCUGUACGCGCGCAUCUUUGCGGCGUUCGACCGGUGGCGGUUUGUAUCGACGUGGAUGAAACAGCAAGAAGCGCGGCAAGCACUCAUGCAUUUCAAAGGCACCAAGAAACUCGAUCUGUACUUUCGCAAUUGGACAAAGAGGCGGAUGGCGGCAGCGUGGACGCAGUGGAUGUCGCUCCUUGUCGCCGAACAAGCCGCGUAUCAAGCAGCGCUGGAGCUAGAGGCCACCAACACCCUUCAACGCUCGUGGCGUGCCUUCGUGAAGCGGCGCAUGUACACAUUCAUUCGAUCGCAACAACGGCAAAAGCACCGCCAUGAUGCUGCGUGUACGAUCCAAGCGCUGUGUCGCGGCCGGUUUGCCAAGCACGCGGCCAAGACCCUUAUGCGCGACAUCCGCCAAGGUCGAGCUGCGACGGUCAUUCAAGCGAGAAUACGCGGCGUCCUCACGCGCGAGUCCGUCGUGGAGGCGAAGCGCUUGCAACGACAGGCACAUGCCGCACGGUCGCUGCAGGCCAUGUAUCGAGGACGCCUGGCACGACGGCGAAUGGCGCUGCUCAAACAAGCCAACCAGCGACGUAAAGCCGCCACGGUCAUCCAGAGGCGGUACCGUGGUAGGCUGCACAAUGCCAAGCAGAUCCGUCAAAUGAUUGACCGGGAGCGGCGCCGCCAAGCCGUGAAAAUACAGGCGCUGGUGCGUGGGGUGCACGGACGAGCCGAGGUGGUGAGGGUCAAGGAGCGUCGUGCCAAACAUGUGCAAAAGCAGCAUCGGUCGGCCGUCCGCAUCCAAGCCGUGUACCGCGGCCAUCGAAGCCGCAUCGGGACGUCCAUCCAGUUGGCGUCGCAGCGAGAGGCCCUCCGGCAACGGACCGAAGCCGCGACGACCAUUCAAACGUUGUUCCGAGGUCGGAAAGCCAAACAUACGGUGCUGGCCCACAAGGUGGCCCGGAUGAACGACAUGGUGGCCAACGCCCGGGUGUGGGGGCAAUUCUGGAGCGACGACGCGAACGCCUUCUUCUUCUAUCACUCGCAGACCGGGGAAGCUAUUUGGGAGCCCCCCGAGGACGGAUACACCAAGGUGGACGGGCAGUUGGUGCUCCGCGAUGGGUCGGUGAUUCCCGAUCCGGCGCUGGCUGUGCGAGUAGACGAUGGCACUACAGGGGGGGACAAGCCUUUGGACGGAUACGAGGAAACAGACGACGCCAAGUGCGUCGAGUGCGACGAGAACGACGCGACGCGGCGGUGCGCGCAAUGCGAAGAUGUGUUUUGCGACGCCUGCUACGACAAGACGCAUAGCAGCGGCAAGCGCGCACAGCACACUUGGAAGGCCAUGGGGCCCAUCAAGUGUGUCGAGUGCGAGAAGAUGAAGGCCUCGAGGUGGUGCGACCAGUGCUUGGAUCCGUACUGCCUCGGGUGCUUUGCGAUUAUUCAUGCCAAGGGCAACAAGGCGCUCCACACGUGGAAAGACAUGCCCAAAAUGAACGGAUCGAUCGGCCCGUUAGAAGACGCGCAAACGUACGACGAGUUUGUCGCGUCCAACGAGUACAACUAUAUCAACGAAGGCAUUGCACACCAAGAUGACGGCGGCGGCUACGAGGAAGGGUAUGCCGAUUAUGACGCCGAGGCGGCGGAAGGGUAUUAUGGCCAAGACAACCAUGAGACGGGCGAUCAUGAUGAUGGGGGUCAAGGAGGGGGGGAAGGGGUGUCCGAUUGGGUGGCAGCCGUGGACGACGUAUCUGGAGAACUGUACUACUACAACAACGUCACGGGUGAGACGCAGUGGGCGCAAUAACAUGAAGAAAUGUUGUGCAAAC